GGUCCUUAUUAGAAGUAGACUAUUUUUAGAAUCUGUGCGCACACGCAGUAUUUCGCAAUUAGCCUCCCACGCGGUCAUGUUCGUCUAUUUAAACGGACAAAGGACGACAGCAGUUUCUUGCGAAACCUUACUUGGAUAAUGGUAUUUACCAUCAACGAGUAUUUCUGAUAAUGCUGACGAUAUUUCUGAUAAUUGCUGAUACAUUUACAAAGGAAAGAGCGUCAAACUGAUUUGAGGGGAUUCCCAUAUGGAUGAGCACUAGUCGAGCACGUGUAACGUGAGGUAAUCAGAAUUACGUGAUAUCUUAAGUCUGGGACUUCGGUAGUCUCCUUCGCAGCCGCUUGAUCCGGAGUCCCGAGCGACUGCGAAGAAGACUAGGACUUUGGGCUUUCAUACGAGUUAUCUGAAUCAUGGCAAACUAUGAUCUGGAUGAUCUACAUGUACCGUCACAAGAUGUGUUUUAGCUUGUUUUGAAUAUACCUCGGUUUUUAGACACUGAUUGGAACCUUGGGCCCAGUUCAAACGUCGAAUUUCACAUGUGCCGAACUUAAUUCCUAUUUUAGUCGACUAAAAUUUAAUUGAUUUAAACGUGGCACUUCACAUGCAUUUUACUCUCGCAUUAAGUUCAGCACAUGUGAAAUUCGACGUUUAAACCGGGCCUUAUUUAUUUACGGGUGCAUGGCCCAGCCCCGGCUUUGAGAAAAACUGAAAUGCAACAAGCGAAUCAGUUUUACGUAGUUUUUGUUAAGAGCUCAAUAAAUGGGCAAGGACAGUCAUUUAUCCAUUGGGUAACACUAGACUAAGAGCUCUCCGUUUACCAAGUGUGUCGCACGAGGCUGCACAAAAAGCCGUGUUCAAACACUUUGUCUGGCUCGCGUCUUUUAGGAAAGUUUUAAAAUGUUAAUCUAAAUACCCUAAAAGAGGUAUUGCAUAACGUUUGGGUGGCAGAGCUACAUGCAUGAUGCAAAGGAUCUGCUACGGCUAACUAUAACGAGUAAACUAUAAGUUUAUUCCUUGAACGGCUACUUUCCCUCCGGCGACAAUAAUUAUAACGUCGCGGUGGUUAUGAUACCUUCAUGAUGACUAUAUAUCACGAUAUAUCCCUCACGCGAAACGCAUAUGUUUUUCCCGCUGUCACCGUUUUCUCGUAUUUUAGAACUAGAAAGGAGAUAGAAGAUUUCGAUUUAGCACCCUGUGCAUAACACUUACCAUUUUCUACUGCAUUUUCUCCAUUAUAAUAUUGCGUUUCGAACGUUCUAGAUAAAGAGGCCUUGCGUGACAAUAAUCACCGAUCGAAUUAUACACAAAACACUGCCGGAGAUUUCGAUGGUAAUAUAGGCAGCCACGUACUCAAUUCGUCAUACGUUUCUGAACGUGUACAGAUGUUUUUUUUUUUUUAAUAGGGCUCCGUCGUGAUGAGCCCUUAGAACGUCUGCUGCGCUGCGUAGAAGGCUACCACACGUGACGAAUGCCUAAGAGAAAGAAUAUUUUGAGUGGACAUAAUAAGUUCAUUGUUUGUUUGAGUAUUUUUAGUUCUGACGAAGACGAAAGACGAAAUGUCUAUUUUUAACUUACAAUCCCAAACGCUUAUCAGCGUCAAAAGAUCUUCUGUGUUUUGACUGUCACGCCAUCAAAAAUAAAACUGCGAACAAUACAGAAAGUCCAGAACCUGGGAAAUGAAAGAAGAUCCAUCUGAUAAAUAUAUAUAUAAAGCCUCGCCAAAAGUCAGGUCUGUGCGAUAAUUCAUAUGCGAGAUACUCGGACAAACGUUUUACCCAAACUUUAUAAGGCUUUGUGUUAAAAAAACCCACAGACCUGAUUCUCGAUGACUCUUGGCCUUCCCGGUCGCCAGCUACGAUGCCGCGUGACGCAAAAGCCUGGAAACUCAAGCGUCUUUUAUCCCACAACGAAGAACCCUUUGAAACCGAAAAUUUGGGUAAAAAAAGGUUUUCAGGUACUGUGAUAUCUCAUGAAAGUAGAAACUCAGAAGGAUAUAGUUCAAAACCACUUAAACAUAGCAUUGUUAAACGUAUUUUAGCAUUUAAUAGGUAGAUAUAGGCAUACUUUUAUCGCCUAAAAGUUUUUCAUCUGUUCGGAUUUCCUAGCUGAAAGUCUAGUGAUCCGAAAAUUAUAGUGAUCAAAACUUACCUUGUCGAAAAUUUCAGCCAGAAAAAUGGCUCCCGAAAAUUUAGGGUAAAAAUCCGUUAGAAAUGGGCAAUUAUACCAUUUUUUUAGAUGUUCGAAAAUCCUAGGAGAGGUAGGCAAGCAAGAAAUUUUACAACAAAUGUUCCGAAAAUUCUAGAUUACAAAUCGUCUUCCGAACAGAUAUUUUCCGAAAAUUGACGUUGGGUGCCCCUGUCAUAGUUUUAAUUCUGCUGACCUUGCUGACUAAGCAAAAGAAAACCGAAGACUGCAUGAGACUGCAAAAAAGUGUUGCUGCACGUUAUUAAAGGCUGCUCUCCGUUAUCGGCUCGACAACUACCCCAGUUUCUGGUUAAUUUUUGUACGGCGUUGUAAAGUUCUUUGGAGGAGAAAGGAGGUAAUCGGCUCUUUGACCAGGGUACUUAUAAUAUCAUCCACCCCUUUAAACUUCUGCUCUGUUCUGUUAAAAGAACUGAUUCUGCAAUCAGUCAUCUAUUUUCUCUCACAAAUCAUGCAGUAUCAGAAAACAUAAUGUUACUUUUAUAAUCAAAAGAUCAAUUUUUCAGUUUCUGCCGAAAGUGUGCGUUUAUAAUUGGGACAUGGGACAUGGGACAUCGACAUGUAUUACGUAUUCUACGGCAGACUACUACCAACGACUCACUUUGGAAAGCUGGUACAAACGCCAGUCGUGAAUCGUAGUCAACAGUUACCGGCGCCGUACAAACGACUUAUUGACGGAAUCAAGCAAAACUAACCGCUAGAGAACGACUGGACAACUGACAAUUUGACUAACAAUAAAAGACUAUUUAACUGUGACAACAGAAGGAUCAAAACGAACGUCUAAUGACAUUACGAGUCUUCAUAGCUAAUAACAUCAUGGUUUAACUGACAGAAGAUCAAUAACAUCGCGACUUAAUUGAUCAAUCAGGUCCAUAACCAGAGAUUCAUACCAUCAACUGACAUGAUACAACACACUUUGACUCUGAAUUAAGAUGACUACCGCACAGCUUGUCGAAACGUUAGUUACUGUCAACAACAACAUUUCUAUUCAGGAGUGCGUUCACCCGGACGAUCAUACCCAACCUAUUUAUGAAACUUUUUAUUACUGGUACAAUUUGGUUGUAAACUGUCAUUGUGUAACUGAAAUCACGAGCAAGGAAACAAGAACUAUACCAGAUCGGCUGGCCUUUACAGACGUAACUUGUUUUAUCUUGCUUUCUAACUGAAGGAAGAGAAGAGAAAAAAAACUUGUGUUUUGUAUUUGGUGUAACACUCUAGAAAUAAUUCGUUCCCAAAGCUUGUAACCAAAAGCCAUAAUAGCUCUUGUUGUAACCUAAUCAAAAACGUAGAUUGCCUUGUAAAUUCGAUGUAAACUGAGUACUGAUCUGAUGUAUAGAAAUAUGCAUUUGUUGGGAAAAGUUAUUUCAUCAGUCACUCACGAUGUUUUGCGGGACCAAAGCUCUGCUGUUAGUUUAAAAGUGUGUGCAAUCUUCAAGGUUCACGUCCCUUAUAUAACAUUAGAAUGUUCUUUAUUUUUUAAGGAAAGAUUUAACGGGAGCAGACACAGUUAUUUUAAAAGAAACAGGACCUUGAUAACAAGUGAAACAAGCAACCAGGGAGUCGAGAUUUCCCUCAGACAAUAUACAGAACGGAGAAACUAUCUCCAAGAGGUUACAUUGCUGUGAGCAACCAAUAAACAAUAGAGCAGUUCGCAACGAAAGAGCAUCAAUGUGCAGAAACUGUCCGGCGUUGAAAAGAGACUACGGCAAAGCAUUGUAUGAAAGAGAUCAGGAAAGGAAACAUCUACAAAUUGCGAACUUUCGGCCUGAAGAUGUGUUGAAACAUGACGAAGCUGAUGGUAUGGUCAUAUUUCUAUCUUCAUUUUAAAAGGUUUCUUUUAAUAUUGACACUGACUGCGCAGCGCUGACUGCGGUAACAGGGUGGCAAAAGGGUGGGUGGGGGUACCUAUCACGCAUCACGGAAAAAUAAAAAAAUAUUAACUACAUUAACAAGUAUCCUAUCAUCAUUUGAUCUGAGUAAAUCAGAGGUCGAGAAAUGAGAAAAAGGGCAAGAAGUUAGUGUCAUAACUAUCUAUUUUUAAUGUCUCUGCUUUUAGUUUCAAAUCAUAUUAACCAUCACGAAAAUUUCAAAGGAAAAUCGCGCAUCGCGCAUCACGCAUCACGUUGCUAAGCACAAUCACGCCUUACGCGGCAAAUUUGAGCCCAAUCACGCAUCGCGCUGACAAUUUAGAUCCCAUCACGCGUCAAGGAAAACCCCUUUGCCACCCUGCGGUAAUGGUUUAGUCAUUUCCAAGCAUGGCUAUCCCUCCUCCAAAUCCCCAUGGCAUUUAUUGUGCAUCUGGAAUUUUCCAUGUUCGCACAGCAGAAAAUACCCACAUUAGGGCCAGCAGAUUCAUACGAAAUUCCCACCAGGGGGCCUAAAAUACAUGAAAGUAUGUCUACAAACGACCCACCCUGGAGACAAGACAAAAGGUGUGUUUCCUUGAAAGAGGCCAAAAAUAAGAAUUCAGGUAGCCGGAAUGAAUGGACGACAGUGCUGUCUUCACAAAUGAGACUCAACAUCAAAAGAGUGCUUAAUGAAAAUGAACGAGGAAUAGAGAAUAUAGAGAGAGAAUAAGGUGCAAACCAUAUAGAAUCUACUUACAAAGGCAACAUCGGGCUUUGAAAUGAGCACAACAUUUUCUAGCACUUCAACCAGUAAUGUAAGCAAUAUUGCCAUCAAUUCUUAACGCAUUGUCAUAGAGCGAGGUGCAGCUGGUAGCAUUAAAUUGUUAUAGAUCACUGACUUGCGACAAACCAUGGAGCCCACGGUUAUGCGGCCAGUCUUUAAAAUAUUACAGUAAACAUUGGAACGAAUGUUAUGGAAUGAGGAAAAUUCUGCGACUCAAGUUUCUUUAUAAAGUAUCUAAAAAAGCAAAAUGUUACUCGCUGUUAUCUUACCAAGGAACAGGUUAACUUUCUGUUAAAUGGCCUUCUCAAUGCUGUCAGGUGUCCAAGAUAACCGACUAACACUCGUCAUUCAUUUACUUUAUAGCAGCUGUUGGCGUCGUAACUGGAGAAGACACGAUGUGUAAUGGUCAUGGCGUGACGGAAAAAGUCUUUCAACUGCCAUCGAAGACGUCCAGAAAUAAACUACAACUACGACAACAAAAUGAUCGUAGCAAUUCUGGCAGUAACACAGAUAGAAGUACUCCUCCUACUAACGAAUAUAAAUAUCACAUCAACUCGAGAGAAAAUUGCCAAUAUGAUAAUUCCGUGAGAAAAAAAGACGAUGAUGAACUCUACAACGAUGAAAAUCACGCAUAUUGUCGCAGAAACAAAGCUGCUGAUGGCAAUGGAACGUAUGGAUCGGCAAGAUGCUCAUUUGUCGAAGGCAACGGAAAUGGUGAUGAUGAUGUGUACGAUGAAGAUGAAAGCGAGGAUGGAAAUUAUGUCAUGAAUUACAACAACCGGAAGGAUGCUGAAUGUUACACUGGUGGUGCUAAUGAACUCGAUGGUAGGUACGGAGACUUUGAUGUUGAUCGCAAUAGUAAUGAAGAUGAUGACGAAGACGAAGACGAUGAUCAUGAUGGAGGCGAUGGUGAUCAAAAAGACGGUGAUACCGUUGAAAAUACCGGUGAUCGUAAUGUAGAGGGUGAUAAUGGCUGCGAUAACCCUCACCACCCCCACUACCACUAUGCUCUUGACAACCGGCAUAGCGGUGGUGGGGGUGGUGAGGGUAAUAUUAAUAGCAGUGAUGAAAGAGCUGGUGAUAAAAACGAUGGUACUCGUGGAAAAUAUUUUAGGAAAAACAAUUUUGGCUAUGAAAAAGAAAAUGAUGAUGCUGAUGACGAUAAUUACAUUGUGACCAAAUCAAUAUCGUUACCUGUAGACAGGAAUGUGCCAGGGAAAAGUAUUCAAGAUAUUAAAUUAGAUACCAAGGAAACAAAUUUUAGCCUACCAGUUAACACUGGCUUGGAUGACCAAGUUAGAUCUCAGGCAAUCGUUAUUAGAGCGGGGGACAACAGUGGUAACGAAAAGCUGCCAGAGGCGAGAGCGAAAACGGUGCUUACGAGUAAUGAGUACACUGCAAAAGUACCUACGACGAGUUAUCUACCAAGCCUAAAACCGAAGACGUCGUCACCAAGAUUACCUCGAGGAAAUUGGGCGGAAUUAGAUUACCUUUACAAAAGUAGAAUACCAUCUCUAGAGGUGACAGGCAUCAAUCAGAAAUUUCUUGAGCGGCACACGACAGAUCUAAGUCUACAGCAUGUCUCGCAGCCUGGUGAUUUUAAUCUUCCGAAAAAUUCCACGCCGCUUGCGGAAUGGCCCAUGUGGAGUCUGCCACCUCCUGACGCUUCUGAAACUGGACAUCGAUGGCGUCACUCGAGUGGACUGCAACCUUCCGUUGUGGGUAAUCAAACUGGGGGACAAAGUAACUGGCAGUUUUGGAAUCAACCUUCGAGGGAGAUGAAGAGCUCAAAUUUUAAUCCACAAGAACAAAAGUCGUUUAAUCGUAUUGAUCCGUGGUUUGCAAGUGGCGCGGAGGCGUUCACUGGUCUCAGAAUAUCCGAUAGCCUUCCAGCCACAAAUGGCACCAUAUCUGGAAGCUUAUUUAACACACAUGCUGCGAUGGCAAGCGCUCAUGAACCCAAGUGGCGUUACUCGGCCAAUAAUUCUUAUGGGUCGCAUUUAAAUUGUCCCACUUAUGGUGGGCUUCCUGUGCGCGAUGGGCCACCUGUAUCAAGGUUGACUGCAGUAAAAUCGCAUGCGCCCGUGGUAUGUCCCAGCGUCACCACCUCAGUCAUGGAGUUGCAGCCUACUGCGAGUGUAUCAUCUCAGAGUGUGCCUUCAUACAGCUAUCAAUCCAGUGUGUUGCCUGACAAUUUGCAAGAACGUUUCAGGGAGCCUUCCAUACCCAAUUCCUUUACAGAAAACCAAGAACCUAUCAUUUCAUCUGCUUCAAGAAUAGAGGAGCAGAGAGCUGGUACUGAUGCAUCAUCACUGGAAUUCCCGGAUGACCCUUCACUUGCCGCACUGGAACGCAAGGUAGCGGAGGCAUGCGCAGUAGUUGAAAGGGUUAUGAAAGAACGCGAAGAAAGAACAAAAGCGCAGCGUGAGGCAGCGCGAAAGAAAAGAGAGAUGAGAGAACAAAGAGAAAGAGAGGCAAGAGAAAUGAAGGAAAGAGAAGAAAGAGAAAGGAGAGAAAGAGAAGAGAGAGAAAGGAAAGAAAGAGAAGAAAGAGAAAGGAAAGAUAGAAAAAUGAGAGAAAGACAAGAGAGAGAAAUAAGGGAAAGAAACGAAAGAGACAGGAGCGAACAAAUAGAAAAUGAAGACAGGGAUACAAGGUGGUUUGGGG